GCACCUCCUUUCCUCCCCCUCGUCAAACUCACCGCUGCCGUCUCCGCAUCUUUCUUUCUCCUCUUCUCUCUUCUACUCUCACUUACUACAACGACCACUCACUGCCAGUCUUCUAUCUAUCUUUCCUUCCCCUCCCCCAAUAGAAUUUACCUAUACAUUCCUUCCUCCUGAUCAUCCGCCAUGGAGGAGAUUGCCCCCGAGUAUGAUGUUGUGGUGCUCGGCACCGGUUUGACCGAAUGUGUGCUCUCCGGUGUCCUCAGUGUCAAGGGAAACAAGGUGCUCCACAUCGAUCGCAAUGACCACUACGGAGGUGAGGCCGCCUCAGUCAACAUCGAGACGCUCUUCAAGAAGUACGGCAACGUCCGCCCCGGCGAGGAGCCCUGGAAGAAGUAUGGCCGCGUCAACGACUGGAACAUCGAUCUCGUCCCCAAGCUGCUCAUGGCCAACGGCGAGCUGACCAACAUCCUGGUGUCCACCGACGUCACGAGAUACCUCGAGUUCAAGCAGAUUGCCGGCAGCUACGUCCAGCAAGGAAAGGGCCCCAAGGCGACCGUGGCCAAGGUGCCCUCGGAUGCCGCUGAGGCCCUGCGCUCGUCGCUCAUGGGCAUGUGGGAGAAGCGUAGAGCCAAGAAGUUCUUGGAGUGGGUGGGCGAGUUCAAGGAGGAUGACCCCUCUUCUCACCAGGGCCUGAACGUCUCCCAAUGCACGAUGAAGGAAGUCUACGACAAGUUCAGCUUGGAGGACAACACCCGGGAGUUCGUGGGCCACUCUAUGGCUCUGUACCCCUCCGACGAAUACAUCCAGACCCCUGGCAUGGCCGUCGAGACCAUCAACCGCAUCCGCCUGUACGUCAACUCGAUGGCCCGCUACGGCAAGUCCCCCUACAUCUACCCCCUCUACGGUCUGGGUGAGCUGCCCCAGGGCUUUGCUCGUCUGUCCGCCAUCUACGGCGGUACCUACAUGCUCAACACCUCCGUGGACGAGGUGCUCUACGACGAGAGCGGCAAGGUCUCCGGCAUCAAGGCCACCAUGAAGGACCGUGACAACGACGCGGAGUCCAUGAGCUUCACAACCAAGACCAAGAAGAUCCUGGCCGAUCCCUCCUACUUCCCCAGCAAGGCCAGAGUGACCGGCUACCUGCUGAAGGCCAUCUGCAUCCUGAACCACCCCAUCGACAAGACCGACGGCAGCGACUCGCUGCAGCUGAUCAUCCCCCAGACCCAGGUCGGCAGAAAGCACGAUAUCUACAUUGCCAUGGUUUCCUCGGCGCACAACGUCUGCCCCAAGGGAUACUACAUUGCCAUCGUCUCGACGAUUGCUGACACCGAUGCCAACCACCACCUGGAGCUGGAGGCUGGUCUGGAGCGCCUGGGUAAGGUCGAGGAGACCUUCUUCGGCCCCCCGAUCCCCCUGUACGAGCCCCUGGAGAGCGGCGAGAAGGACAACAUCUUCAUCUCGAAGAGCUACGAUGCCUCGUCCCACUUCGAGACCACGACCGACGAUGUGCGGGACAUCUACCGCCGCGCGACGGGCGAGGAGCUGGUGGUGAAGGGUCUCCGGGAGGACCAGAAGCUUGCCGAGGAGUAAGCCCCCGUCAUGCAUAUUAGGGUAAAGUAAUCUGUCGCUCUGGGCGCUUUUGAAUCGAGUCAUAAUUUCUUUUGGACUUUCUUUACGCUCACGAAUCAUACCACUAUUGGACUCGCACUCUUUGGAUCCGCAUGUCUGCUUGCUUUCGAGUAGAACCGUCUGCACAUAUUCCUGAUGACUUGGUGCCGUGCCUGUGAAUAGGAUAUAGGUCCUUGAUACAAUCAACUACCUGUAGAAAGCUAUGAAGCUGUAUACCAGAGAGAG